GGGCACACCCCAAGUAACAAAGGUCAGGUAUGCUGCUGGAAGGAGCACUCGGCACACCCCACAGCUCCAGGGGAAGGAGUCCAGACACAGACACAGACGCCAUGACUGCUGGGCCAGGUCCUUCAACUGGAGAUGCCACCCUGAGGAGAAGAAUUGAACCUUGGGAGUUUGAAAGCUUCUUUGACCCCAGAGUACUGCGUCGAGAGACCUGUCUGCUCUAUGAAAUCCAGUGGGGCAGAAGCCAGAAGCUCUGGAGAAGCUCUGGCAGAAACACCACCAAUCAUGUCGAAGUUAACUUCAUAGGGAAACUCACUUCAGAAAGGCACUUCCAGCCCGCCAUCGGCUGCUCCGUCACCUGGUUCUUGUCCUGGAGCCCCUGCUGGGAGUGCUGCAAGGCUAUAGGAGAGUUCCUGAGCCAACACCCGAACGUGAAACUGGUUAUUUAUGUCGCACGGCUUUUUCAUCACACGGAUGAACGAAACCGGCAAGGACUCAGGGACCUCAUUAACAGUGGUGUGACCAUCCAGAUCAUGACAGCCGUAGAAUAUUGUCACUGCUGGAAGAAUUUUGUCAACUACCCACCUGGGGAAGAAGCUCACUGGCCAAGAUUCGCACCUCAGUGGAUGAGUCUGUAUGCACUGGAACUCCACUGCAUAAUUCUAAGUCUUCCACCUUGCUUAAUGAUUUCAAGAAGAUAUCAAAAUCAGCUUACAUUGUUCCAGCUGACUCUUCAAAGCUGCCAUUACCAAGUGAUUCCAGCCCACAUCCUUUUAGCUGCAGGACUGAUACCAGCUGCUGUGACUUGGAGAUGAAUGAGAACAAGCGAAGGCGACCCUCUAAAGAGUGAGGGUCAUUCUGAAGCCAGAAACUGUCACUCACAGCAAUAUCACGGGCUCUGCUACCUCCUGCCAUAUCCCGCAUCACUCCUGAACCUUGUGGCUCAAAACAGUCAUAAAUCUU